AUGCUCGUGUUUUUAAUCAUAGAAAACGCAGCCCGGCUUUUCACGAAGCGGCCGCAGUGCAUGCAUCCAAGCAUUACGAUCGUAGCCCGGCUCAUUGCUUCAUAUCGAGACGUGUCUCGAUACAGCAUCGACGACACAACUGCGACCGGAAUUCUGCCACAACCGGAAGGCGAGGCCCAAUCAGCGCAGCGGAAGGCAUCACUCGACGACCCAGCGACCACGAGAGGAUCGUCUACGUGCAUCGAUUCUCAACCUGAGGGUGUUCGACGUCAUCCACGUCAUCAUAGCGUCGCAGUCGCUACCCCGUCAAUAGUAGCUCAACUCGAAGAGCGUAAACUGAAACUCGAGCAUUAUUGGACGGAAUACAACGCGGUGCAAUCGCGUCUAGAAUUAAUUGACGAAUCCGAAGAUGAUGAUCGCGGCAUCUUUGAAGAGGCGUUCUAUGCGUUGUCCGCCAGGAUCCGCGAGCUUACUCCCGGACCGUCGACACCGCGAGCGUCCAUCUUUUCGGAUGACAUUCUCAUUCUGAUUAUAAUCUCUAAAUUAGAUUUGAUCACAUUACGCGAAUGGGAAAUAUCUUUAACGGGCAAUGAGCUGCCAACGUUGAAACAGCUGUUAGAUUUUAUCGCUCAUCGCUGUCAGGUGCUUGAAGCCACCUCAAGGUCGAGCUCCGCUCUCGCAAGGAAGGCUGAGUCGAAAUUGCAGCUAAACGCUAAACGAUCACUUUCGUGCGCGGCUACCGUUAAAGUCAAAUGUCACUUUUGUCAAGGCGAUCAUGCCAUCUACUAUUGCAAAACUUUCGUAGCGCUCCCAGUUCCUCAGAGAGCCUCGGAAAUUCGCAGCCGCAAGCUUUGCGUUAAUUGUUUGCGGUCUUCUUCUCACGUGUCAAGCAAAUGUACUUCCGGUCAAUGCAAGGUCUGCCACGCAAAGCAUUAUACGCUUCUUCAUGCAUCUUCAGCCACGGAGGCAUCCACGGACAAGGAAGAUGCAACUAAGCCAACCGCUUCCUCUUCGGUUCUGGCAAUGCAUUCUUCAAGCUCAAUUGUCAGCGAACAUGUUAUGCUUUCGAUUGCAGUUGUUCACGUCUGUGAUAACGAAGGUACGCUCAGGCCGUGCCGAGCACUUCUUGACUGCGGAUCGCAGGCGAAUUUCAUAUCUAAAAAAUUUGCAGAACUUCUCGGUUUAAAAACGCAUCCGUUAAAUAUCUCGAUCUCCGGCGUCAAUGGUACGAUCACUGACAAAAUUCCUCCGGUCUCUACAGAACGAGGCAAAUUUGAUUUUCCACGGAACAUUCAUUUAGCCGAUCCACGAUUUCAUAUAUCGUCAGAUAUUGAUCUCUUAAUCGGAGCUGAGAUAUUCUGGGAUUUGAUCUGCGUCGGUCAAAUAAGGUCGUCAGACAAACAUCCUACUCUUCAAAAAACACGAUUGGGUUGGAUUCUAUCGGGUCGUUUAGGCACUACCGCAGCAGUCCCUGCGAAGGUCCACUCAUUUUACGCGUCUAUAACCAACUCUGAAUUACACGAUCAUGUCAGCCGCGCGUGGCAAAUGGAUAACAGAUCCAUUCCCUCGAACAAUUACACAAUUGAAGAAAAUAUCUGUGAACGUCAUUUUUUGGACAACACGUCCCAAGACUCUCAAGGCAGAUAUAUAGUCAAGCUCCCGGUCAAGGAGCAGAUGCUAGAGAAAAUCGGUGAUUCUCGUGAAACAGCUCUCAAACGUUUACGGGAGAUUGAAAAACGGUUCAAGCGUAACCCCGCACUCAAAAUUCGAUACACGGAAUUUAUCGAAGAAUAUAAAUCGUUGGGGCACAUGCGACGGUUAGAACCACCUAUUCCAGAAGAGCCGACAUCGUUUUAUCUUCCUCAUCAUUGUGUAUUCAAAGCAGUCGGACAAACGUCCAAGAUCCGAGUCGUUUUCGAUGCUUCUUGUCGUAGCAGUUCCGGCGUGUCCUUGAAUGACGCACUUCUAGUGGGCCCAAACGUUCAGCGGGACUUAGUUUCGAUUUUACUGCGAUUCCGUUUCUUUUCUUGUGUCAUCACAGCUGACAUUACAAAGAUGUAUCGGCAAAUUUCAAUGCAUCCCUCUCAAACGCGCUUACAGAGAAUUUUUUGGCGCAACGACUCUUCUAUGAACGUCGAUACCUUUGAGCUCAUUACCGUCACCUACGGCACAGCUUCCGCGUCAUUUCUAGCCACUAGGUGCCUUAAGCAAUUGGCAGAUCAGCACACUCAUCAAUUUCUGCGUGGUUCAGCAUGCGUCCUUCGCGACUUUUAUGUCGAUGACAUGCUCACUGGAGCAGACUCCAUUGACGAAUUAAAGCUAAUCCGCGACGAAACCAUUCAACUAUUAAGAGCAGGGAUGUUCGAGUUAAGCAAAUGGGCUUCCAAUUGCCUGGAGUUACUGGAAACAGAUAAACGCGGCCGUGAGCCAGUUGCCAUUACAGAUAACAUUACAGACUCUUGUAUUCUUGGCAUGCAGUGA